CUCUUGCAUAAUCGCGAUUACCAACAAUGAGAAACAACAAGAGCUGCUGGGUCUGUCGCGUGCGCCACAAGAAAUGCGACGAGACUUACCCGACUUGCGAAAAUUGUGCCGCGCUCGGAUUGACGUGUCAUUUCGCCGAUCGGAAGCCAGAAUGGAUGGACAAUGGAGACCGACAGCGUCAGAUGAGCCAACGGCUGAAGGCGCAGGUCAAACGGAAUACAAGAAACAAAAGAGGCAGGCAAAUGAUACAGAGGAUUACUCAGACAAUCCAAGAUCAGGAACCUCCACUAGUUGAAGCCCCCAUCUCAUAUACAACCCUUACUCCAGGCCCAACACCGCCUAUCCCAACGACUUCGGACUCCCUGGAUAACACGACACCAGCCUCUUGGCCCAGCAGCGUCGACACCGUCGCCUUAUCCAACACUGAAAAUAGCGCGCUCAAUACCGGAACCACCCUUGACCUCCCACUGCGCGAUACUCCCGAGCGAUUCCUCUUCGGAAAUAGCUUUCGUGAAUCUCUCAAUGUCAAUCUUCAAGGUGAAGAAGAUUUACGGUUUCUGAUGGCCUACAAAGACUAUGUGUUUCCCCUUCUUCACCCAUUCUACAACCCCUGUUUCUUCGAGGGAGGCCACAAUUGGCUUCUCGUCGCCGCCUUCAGGAACCCAGAGUCAAGACAAUUGAUCGUUAGCCUGUGUACGUACUUCUUCUCAGUCGUACCACUCGUUCCUGGGGCAGGAUAUACACUUUGCUCAACUUUCGCAUGGGACCAAGUUCAGCGGCAAUCGGAGCAAGCUUUCAGGGGAAUGCAGCACAGAGUCGAGAUGCUUGGUGUUAGUGCCAAUUUAUGGGAGAGGACCCAUUUGUUCGGUGAUAUCAUGCUCUUGCUUGAGUUUGAGACUAUGACUCAGUAUUCGCAGGCCUGGAGACCUCACCUCGAUGCUGCCAUCAUUCUGUUUAAGCAAAUACUCGCUUCUCCAGAGAUGAAGCAUAUUGUCUGGCGGAUAACCUUUGAUCCGACGGAGAUAUCAGCCGAAGACGCGGACAUAAUCAACACGUCGGGCCUUCAUCUGUUUUGCUCGACGCAAGUGGCUCUACGCUUCUUUACCACCAAGAUCAUCAUCGCAGACAUCGUAUCUAGCAGCGCACUCGAGAAGAGUCCACGACUCAGUGAGCAUUAUGGGAAAUUGAUGACUGGCCAAGGAGAAGCCAGUUUAAACUUGAAGGAUGUGACUGGAUGCGAGAACUGGGUCUACCUCAGUAUUGCGGAGACAGUUGCUCUUGACGUUUGGAAGAAGGAGACGAAAAUGAAUGGCACAUUUUCACUUAUGGCUUUGGUUCAACGGGCAGGCAAGAUUAUUGAAAAGCUUGAUCGUGGUCUGGCUAUGCUGAAGGAUGAUGAAAGCCGUGUGCAAGACGCGCCUCAUCAGCGAGGGGAGCUCUUCGCAGAAUUUACUCUACUACGAAAUAUGCGUCCUCCACAGGAAGCUUACCACGCCAUUACUCGGAUCUGGGCAAACGCCGCAAGACUGUACCUCAUCGUGGUCCUCUCUGGCUGGGAUCCUGAAACGACCGAAGUGGUUGACCUCGUAUCUGCGACCUUGAACUUGCUGGAAAGUUUGAGGACGCCAAGCUGGUUGAUGCCGCUAGCGUGGCCUUUCUGCGUUACAGGGUGUUUGGCGCCCGAAGGUCAAGAAACGGCAGUGGAAAGCAUCCUUGACAGAACGAAGCCACUGAGUAAUGUGGGCGGCUUGAUUGAAGCUAUGAAGAUUGUUCGGCAAACGUGGAAGCGGCGAGGGGUGUUGAAAAAAGACUGGGACAUGGCGGCUUGUUUUAAGAGUUUGGAUAAUAUUCCGUUGUUGGUUUGAACUAUCGGGUUUGCUGUGGACGGUAGAGAAAGGCCGAGGGGAAGUCACCGCUCAGAUAAGGAUCGACGGAGGGAAGGGAGGCAUACCACACAUGGUUAACAAUGUGUGGUAUAUUAAUGCCGGGAUAGGAAAGAGAUGCCUAGACGAUGCCCCCGUUGACAGCCAGCUGGCUCAGGGGUAUUAGUAGCAAAGUUCACUUUGAGAGACCGCCGUGUUGUCUCGUUCUGGUAGACUGGCUUGCAGGGUCAGGUAUCCAAGCAGCUAGUACGGGCGCGUGGGUCUCAGAGCCUAGGUUUACCUAUCGAGCAUUGUCGAAGUUAGCAAACAACAUUGUGAUAGACUGAAAUAAGAUAGG